AUGUCGAAUAUCAACGGAGAUGAUGACAAGCAUCUGCUGGUAUUCCAUGCCAUUGGAAUGUAUCUGUUUACGUUUGGUGUAUUCUACGCCACCAGGCAGACCUACAUAUGGUUUGUCAGCAUGCGACAGCGAUUCCUGCGGGGGACUGAGCCUAAGAUGUACAGUGUGAUGGUGCGCAAUCUGCCCAAGCACCUGCAAACCAGUCAGGCCUUGGCCGCUGCGAUGGACGACAUUGCUCCAGGUGAGGUUAUAUCGGCCCAUGUCAAUAUCGGGGACAUAUUCGAGCUGGAAAAAUUGUGCGAAGACAGACUAGCGGCACUGCUCAAGCUGGAGAAG